AUGUUGCGAGAAUAUCUAGUGUCGCUCCUUUUAUUCCUAUGUGUAAACCUUUCGCUGGCCAAGAGUUAUUCGAAAGGAGACUUCAUACCCGUCCUUUACAACAAGAUAUUCUCCACAAAGACUCAGCGUCCUCACAGUUUCACAGAGCUUUCGUUCAUCUGCCCGCCCUAUACCGAGCAUUCAUGGCAAAAUCACCCACGAAGAAAGAGCUGGCUCGUCAUUGACCAGGAUCUGCGCGGCGAUCGUCUGAUAGAAAGUGAUUACAAGUUGAAUGUACUGGAAAACAAGCAGUGCGAAACUCUUUGUGCAAAGCCAUGGACUGUAGGUGACUCGAUGCAGGCCAUGGACUUGAUCAAGAAAGACUAUCAGGUGGAAUGGUGGUUCGACGACUUACCCGGCGCUACAGCGUCCUAUACCAAUAAUGUGAAAACCCGUGUUUAUCGCGCAGGCUUCCCUUUGGGCCAAAUCAAAAAUGACAAGAUCUAUAUCAAUAACCACGUAACAUUCAAUAUCAUUUAUGUCGCGGAGCCUAGCGACCCGUCACGUAUCGAAAUCAAGGGCUUUGAAGUUUACCCCGAUUCUAUUGCAGAGACUCAAUGCCAAAGAACGUCCAUGGAUUACAUGAAGCAAGAAAUCACCGAAAGGCGAUCCAUGGUAUCCUUUACAUACUCUGUCAAAUGGACAGAGAUGAAACAGCUCGUUCCUAGUAACCGUUGGGAUACCUAUAUUCUUCCUCCGAAUCCUGACCCUCAUGUUUAUUCUACCAUCAAUGGCGUUAUCGUCAGCCUGGUUUUGUCGGUCAUUCUUGCCGUGGUUUUAUUAAAAACACGCCGCAGAGACUCAACGUCCAACAACAGUGACGAUGUUAACGGAAAGCUGGUUGAUGAAUAUGAGGAUGUCGUUGGUUGGCGAUUAAUUCAUCGGGAUGUGUUUCGCCGACCGCUUUACGGUGGGUUGCUGGCUCCUAUCCUUGGCAUUGGGUCGCAGUUCUUGGUCGUUGCGCUUACUCUUCUCGGAGCAUUAUUAUGCCAGCAGGUUCAUCCUGCCAAGCCAUCCUCGUUGCUUACUUGUGGCAUGACCACUUUUCUUCUCACAGGCUUCAUUGGUGGUUUCUCGAGUGCCAGAAUAUACAAGACAUUUCGGGGCAAAUCAUGGUUACUGAAUGCAUUUCUGACUGCCACGGUGGUGCCAGGCGGCACGAUGGCUUUCAUCUCUGCCCUCAGUUUUAUGGCGUGGUCGCAGCAAUCAUCUUUGGCUAUUUCGUUCAACGGGUGGAUGAUGGUCGCGGUUUUAUGGAUGGCAGUACUGCUUCCAGGGAUCGUUUUGGGAUCGUACAUGGGCAACCAGCGGGACCCCAUUGAACAUCCAGUGAGACCUACCCAGAUGCCACGUAUCAUUCCCAGAAAACGAUGGUAUCAAACUUAUACAGCAAGCAUACUUUUAGGUGGACUUGUUCCUUUCGUGGUAUCAUUUAUCGAUCUUUAUGAUAUAUUCCGAUUUGCAUGGCAAGGCGAACUGUAUUGGAGUUCCCGAUACGUUGCAUUGGCAUGUCUUUUAAUGGCCUUGUCCACCUCGAUGGUGACAGUGGUGCUGGUAUUUUUCCAGUUGUGUAGUGAGGACUAUCACUGGUGGUGGAUGUCCUUUGCCAUUGGAAGUGGAUCCUCCAUCUACGUCUUUGGUUAUGCGAUCGUUUACUAUUUAUUGAAUACCGAGAUUCAAGGCGUAUUUGGGGCUCUGAUGUAUCUUGUAUACAUGUUGUUGGCGUGCGGAAUAUUAGGUCUAUGCACAGGAACAGCUGGAUUCUUUAGCGCUUAUAUGGUGGUGAGGAAAAUCUAUUCAGCGGUCAAGGUUGAUUAA